GAAGGACCAUAAAAAACUCCUUUUUUUAUAUAUAUAUUUAAUUUAAUGUGUGCCUCUGUUGCUUUUGCUUCUUCCUCCUUUCCCUUUUAUUCCUCACAUAUUGACUUCAUUUGCAGCAUCCAUCCCAUUCAAGAACCAAUGAGGCCCUCAUCGCAAGAAGAAAUCAGCCAAAACUCAGGCACAACAAGAACCAAAUCAUCGUCAAAUACGAAACAACAGCAAACCCAACAACAACAACCUCUGAAAUGUCCUCGAUGUGAUUCCACCAACACCAAGUUUUGCUACUACAACAACUACUGCCUCACUCAACCUCGUCACUUUUGCAAGACCUGUCGUAGAUAUUGGACCAAAGGUGGCGCCUUGAGAAAUGUCCCCAUCGGUGGCGGCUGCCGGAAAACCAAAAAGCUCAAAUCUUCUUCCUCUUCUUCUUCUUCCAAUAAUUCCAAACUCCUCCCCUCCGGCGACACCCCUGCCUUCAGAUUCUUUGCUGGAAUCUCACCCUCCAUUGAUUUCCAAUUGAAUGGUGGUCUUGGAGUUGGACUCUCAUCAUCUUCACCACAAUUAUUCCCAACAACUCCCACCACAAAUCAUCCAUACAUGGGCCUCAACUACGACACCAAUUUCCCUCUAAUUCACCACCACAAUACCAACUCAAAUUUAAACCUCCAACCUCACUAUAAUACCAACACCACCCUUGCAUCUUCAAUUCAAUCUUUGAGCUCUCUAAACCAAGACCUCCAUUCUAAAUUACAGCAACACCGGUUGGCUAUGAUAUUUGGAGACCACGAUCAUGUGCAAAACAAGGAUCAAAAUCACAAAUUGUUGCAACCCAUUUUGUUUCACAAUCUAGAGCCUCCAAAACAGGAUAGUUGUUUCAAUAUCCAUGAUCCUAGAACACAAUCUGCAGCAGCUUCAACAACCGGGGAGGAUGCCGCUACAACUGAAUGGUUCUUCGGAAAUAAUUCUUAUGAUGAUCGUCAUAAUCAUCAUCAUCAAGUGAGUGCCACAAACAGUGCUGGUGGGAAUGGGUGGAAUCAUACUAAUAAUAAUAAUGGAGUUCAAGCUUGGGAGGAUUUGCACCAUUUCACUGCCUUGCCCUGAAGCUGCUACAAAUUGAAAAAAAAAAAAAAAGGUUGGAGUCUUAUCCAAAAGAUCAUCAUAGUGAAUAAAAUUGAAUAUUAUGUUAGCUCAUAUUUUAAUUCAGUUUAGAUGUUUAUUUAGUGUUAUUGUAAGUUUGAUCAAAGAGAUGGCAUUUACUGUAAGUUAAUUUCUUAUUGGGUUUGAAUUAUUCCAUUGAAAUGCAUAACAUUUUGUUCUUUCCAAGCAAUAUAUUCA